CGACACUUUAUACAUUUCCCCUUUCCAUUCUUUUUAUCACAUCAAAAAUGAACAACACAAACAACAGUUUGCGGUUUGAUAAGGGUGUAAUGCGCUUAUCUGCAUUUGACCCUCAAUCCAACCAAUACGAAACACGUAUUCUUAAACUUCCGGAAUUACCUUUGCUUGAAUCUUUGGAGAACAUGUUUGAUAACAGUGGUAGAAAAAUACUACGUAUGACCAAAUCCUGCUGUAAUAGCAAAAAGCCUGUCAAUGGUAGUAGUACCAGUUUAAACAGUAUUGGUAGUCAACCACGCCGUUGUCAAUCACAACCCGACUUAUCCAAACAGCAACAACAGCAACAGCAACAACAACAGAAGCAGCAGCAGCAGCAACAGCAGCAACAGCGAAAGAAGACGGUCUUUGUGUCAUCUACUCGGUCUAAAAAAACUUUAUCAAGCGCAUUUCAAGCUGUAGCAGGACUAUUUCAAAAAGGAACAAACACUAGUAGCAACGAAAAGAUGAGUUUACAACAACGUCAAAAUUUGACUUGUGAUAAUUGGUGGAUGUCUAGUCCACCUAUCAGUUCAUGUUAAUAGAUUUAAUCAUGUAGCAUCAUUACACUCAUUUCUAAUCAGCAUUUCAAAAUAUAUAUUCCCCCCUUUCCCUUCCUUCAUAUAAAUCAUGAGAGCAUAAUUCUCGUAUAGUAUAACAAUAACAAUAAUAAAAGAAAGGUUCCAGGCCAACAAAA